CACACCCUUGUGUUGUGUCAGCAUUCCUUUGUGAAAUAACGAUAACGAUUAGGGUUUCCAAUUUUCACAGCAACAAUGGCUCCCUUGUUCCGUUUUCGUUCAAGCACACGCUCAUUGGCCACAUUGGCAAGGGCUUCGCACCACAACAACCACCGUGAGAACCACAAGUUCCUAUCACCGACCUCGUUCGUGGGGAGUUGGGAGGCGCCGAGCGACCCUAAGGAAGCGGAGAAGAAGCUGGCGCGUCUGCGUAGGGAGUACGCGAAGCAGAUGACGGAGGUUCGAAAGGAGUACAUGGCAGAGAUGGAGUUGAUGAAAUUGGAGAAACAGCGCAAAGACGACGCUCGCAGGGAAGCCCUCAGAGUCGCCAACGAAGAGCGCAAGAAACUCAAGGCUCAAGCUGCACAACUCAGAGCACAAGAACGCAACAUCGUCGAACAACAAUUUCGAGAAACCCUUUUAAAAGAAAGAGCUGAGAAACUAGAGAACUGGAAGAUGAAAGUCAAAAAGCAUGAUGAGAAGAAGGUAGAGAAGAAAGAGUUAUUGCGUCGACAAAGUUCCAUGUGGGUUGAUGAAACUGAUCUCGAGAAGAAAAUACUGGAAUCCAUUGUUGCUACAACACAACUUUGAGCCUCUUGCAGUUCCACAUUUGUAUGGGGUUGGGGUCUGUUUUAUCUGGUUAGUGGAAUCUAGUCUUUUGUUCAAAGCAACCUCAUAAAAAUAGUUCUUUCAUUCAGAGUAUCACAUUUAUGCUUUAGCCCUGCUGGUCUAUACAAGUUGCAUGAUAAUAAUGUAUGAAAAUAAGUCUUAUGCUGGUUAGUAUUGGGAAUUUUGAAAGAAGUACUAACUUAACUAGAUUGCAUGCUCAAGUGCAAACAAUGCUGCUUUCUUUUAAUAAGUGACUUUGGUAGAAAGAUUUCAAGCGAGUGGUGAUUGGAUUUGAUCCAGAUACAACCUUCUGAUUAGAAACAUAUCGAACCAGUUCUUUGUUUAGCUUGUGUAAUUUCAGACAUUCCUUUAUUCACAUAGUUUGGUUGGUUAAUGAUUU